ACAACCGACUUUCCCGCCGUUCCAAAUUUGAAUAGUCCGUUUCGGAAUUCGAAAUUUGUGCGAUCUUUUUUUUCUAGUGUCAAAAGUUUUUUUUUUUCUGUAAGAAGCUUGGUGUAGUCUUUUUUUAUUUUGAAAGGUUUUACUCGAUUUCGUUUUAUUGUGAAUAGUGGUAGGACUUUUAGUGUUUUCUCUGUUAAUUUGUUUUUGUGUUAAGUUUGUGAGCUUUAUUGUGUUACUGUGUUGAAUGUUAAUGUGAUCGUCUUCGAGGGCCUAAGGAGAUAAAAAGGUACCGUGGAUGAAAAGUGAGUGUUUUAUAAAGUGAUGAGUAAAAAUUGAGUGAGUGAGUGAUGGAGGCGACGCCGCUGCCUCUGGAGGUAGACGAGGAAGGUCGGCCGCAGCAGGGAUCCUCGACUGGCAGUGGAUCUUCAUCUGGAACUGGAUAUUAUGCUCAUAAAAACGGUGAAUGGCGAGGAGAGCGAAGGAUGCUGGACAUCACCAGAGAUAAACCUAUCAAGGUUUGCGUACGAGUCGUCGUGCCCGUCCGAGACCAUCCUAAGUUCAACUUUGUUGGCAAACUGCUGGGCCCUAAGGGAAACUCGCUGAAGAGGUUACAAGAAGACACAAUGUGCAAGAUGGCGGUCUUGGGACGAGGAUCCAUGAAGGACAGGCAGAAGGAGGAAGAGCUCCGCGUGUCAGGAGAUCCCAAGUUCGCUCACUUAUCAGACGAGCUUCACGUUGAGAUUAGCGCUUUCGCUACACCAGCUGAAGCGCACGCCAGGAUCGCGUACGCACUGGCCGAACUUAGAAGAUUCUUAGUACCGGACUACAACGACGACAUCAGACAGGAACAGAUGCUGGAGAUGCAGAUCCUGUCCUCGCAGACUGAGCAGCGUCGGCUCACUCCUCCUGAAUCCUCCCGGAGUGGCAGCGAGGAGGCUCUUCCUCUUAGGGAUACUACGCAUAAACAGAGACUCUCUGGAGUGCCUCCAUCUCCAGCGCCUGCGUCUCUGCCAGGUGGCAUUGCCAUCAACCACGGCACCAACACUCGGGACUUCUCACCCCCAGCACCGACGCCAGCGCCCGAUCAUCUGUCUGCAGCACACCAUCAGCUAGCAGCUGGUCACACGGGACACAGCGUGCUGGUCGGAGGGGGGGUGCUGCAACAACCUCCCACCCACCACCUUCUUACACAAAACUCUAUACUCGGUGCGGCUGGGCCGGGGGCUGCGAGUACGGCGCGCAAGCGACCUCUGCUGGGAGGCACUCGGGCCGCUAUGUCGCCGACUAAACGAGCGGUGAUGACCCUACUGGCGCGCGCUAGGGCUGCGACACACAAACACGCGCCCACGUGGCCGGCGCCCCACGAGCACACAGCCCUUCUACCACUUAUAAGGGACGAGUUCGUGACGGGUGUGGGUGUCAAUAUCAACCUAGCAUAA